GGGUCAGAUGUCACGAUGUUGGACAGAGGUCUUGAGGAAGGAGUGCAGUUAAGCAACGUAGAAGUAAGGAUGAGUGCUGACGUGCUGUUUGUCCCUCAGCUCUCCGUGGUGGUGGAGGACAGCCUGGCAGACAUGAUCCACGAGUACAAGAACAGCACUGCUGACUUCAGGAAGACGGUGGACAAACUGCAAGAGGACUGGAAGUGCUGCGGCUCCAACAGCUCCACGGACUGGAGGGGCUUCGGCCCCGACGGCAACUCGGUGCCGGACUCGUGUUGUGUCAAAGUCGCUCCGAACUGUGGAGUCGGAGCCAUGAUGAACGCCACCAAAGUGCACCAGACGGUAAGCUGAUGCACAGCCUCUUCCUCAUGUCUCCUCUUCAUC